ACGGCUCCAUAUUUUCUGUAGGAUUUUUGGUGGCUGGAGAAAGGGGUAGAAACAGCGGGCUGAUUUCUCUGAGGUAAAAUUUGCGAAAUUAAUCAUUUUUUCCGCGAAAAAACGAGACAUUUCAACUCCUGAGGAUCCAUAAGAGAAGAUUCAGAGGAAAAUUUUACACCAGCGAGGCGAGGAAGUCCAGAAUUGUGCAGAAUUUGCGCACUGAGGCAACUUGAAUCCUCAAUUUCACCAAUUUCGGUUCACUGCGGGGAAACAGGAAGGAAUCGUCAUGACGACCGCAAUGCAGGAGAUCGCCAUCACGGAGGACAAGCCUUUACUCACCGGCCAACCAGACGCUGUGAAGGAGGCUGAGAUUGCAGCCAGAAUACUGCUGGAUCAGGGACAGGAGCACAGUAUUGAGACUCCACACGGUUUGCUGCAUGUGACGCUGCAUGGCACAGGAAACACCCGGCGACCUGCUAUUCUCACCUUCCACGAUCUAGGAAUGGAGAGUAAGAGUUGCUUCUCCACUUUCUUCAAGUUUGAGGAGAUGCAGGAGAUAGUGAAGAACUUCACUGUGGUUCACGUGGACGCUCCAGGACAGGAGGACGGCGCUGCCCCCUACCCUGCAGGGUAUCAGUACGCCUCCAUGGAUCAGCUUGCAGAGAUGAUUCCUGCGGUUCUGCAGUACUUCAAUUUCCGUUCUGUGAUUGGAGUUGGAGUCGGAGCAGGAGCUUACAUCCUCUCACGGUUCACGCUGAGUAAUCCGGACUCUGUGGAAGGUCUGGUUCUGGUCAACAUUGAUCCGAACGCUCGUGGCUGGAUGGACUGGGCCGCCCAAAAGAUCAGCACGCUGACGUCCUCCCUCACAGAGCAGAUUCUCAGCCACCUCUUCAGCCAGGAGGAACUGUCGGCCAACACAGAGCUCGUCCAGUCGCACAGAGAUAGACUCACUAAAGCCCCAAACCUCAUCAACAUGGAGCUGUUCUUCAAGAGCUACAGCGGUCGCAGGGAUCUGAACAUCGACCGUAACAGCACCCUCAAGUGUCCUGUCAUGCUUGUGGUAGGGGACCAGGCACCUUAUGAAGAAGCUGCAGUGGAGUGCAACAGCAAAUUGGACCCAACCACAACCUCAUUCCUGAAGAUGGCUGAUGCUGGGGGAAUGCCACAACUUACUCAGCCCAGCAAGCUGACCGAGGCUUUUAAAUACUUCAUCCAGGGAAUGGGAUACAUGGCUUCGUCCUGCAUGACCCGCCUCUCGCGCUCGCGCACCACCUCCCUCUCCUCCUCUUACUCCAUGGAGGGCUCUCGCUCGCGGUCCCGCACCCUGUCUCAGGGCUCGCAGGGCGGAAACCUGCCCCCCAGCCCCUCCAACACCAUGGAGGUGUCCUGCUGAAGAGCGCGAGUGGGAGAGAGAGAGUGGGAGAGAGAGAGAGAGAGCGGGAGAGAGAGAGAGAGAGAGAGAGCGAGGGAUGGAUGGAUAGCUUUUGUGAGAAAGAAGUCAACUUAAGUUUUCACUUUCACAACUAAAAUUCAGUCAUAUCCAUUCAUCUAAAGUGUAAAAGUACGCCGUAUAAAGUGUUUAAAUGGAGCGCGAGAGAGAGAGGGAGGAAACGUGAAAAAGUGAAAGUAGCGCGAAAGGAGAAUCUCCUCUUACCAAACUUAAUCUCAUUCUUCUCAUUUUACGAUUGAUUCGUCCAUCCCGUGUACGUGGAGGGGAAGCGCGAGAGCAGAAAAAGAGAAAGAGAGAUAGAAAAAGGUACGCGAGAGGAGGGAGAAAGCGAAUGGCCACGAGAGAGAAGCCAUGCCGUCAACCUAAAGUCUGGCAGACGUUAGAGCCCUUUAACCUCUGCGGCGCGGACAGGGCCUGUAGAGAGACCCACAUGUAGUGCUAACCAAUAGUAAUAUUACUUUACUGAUAUUAUGAAUAUUAAUGAUUAUACGAUUAUACAUACAUACAUAUAAAUAUACAAAUUAAUAAAUUACUACAAUAAUAAUGUAAUAAAAAAUAACACCUCUCUUAUAAUUACAUAAUUACAUGUUGAAAAAAAAUAAAAACUAGAGAAAAAAAUCACAAUAAUGCGUAAUAAUAGAGUAGAAAUACUCAAUGUGUGUACGUCGAUUUCUUCUUUUUAACAAAUACUCUUCUACUUUUUUGGUGUUUUUACGUUUUUUUCUAUUUUUUUUUCUCUUCGUUUUGUUUGUAAUUUUAUAUUUCUUUCUUUUUUUUCCAAUCCUGCUGCUGAGAUAUAAAGGCUAAGUAUAAUGAUUAUGGAUAGUCGUGGUCACGUGACCCUGGCUCAUGUCUUCCAUUCGCCCUGUUUAGAAGAAGGGAAUAAAAUAAAAGCGGGAGAGGGAAAAAAGUACGUAAACUUAAUUUUAAAAAAGGCUGUUUUAGCGUCGGCCGGUUUCGGGAACUUCGGUAUGUUUGCCUGCUCCAAAACUGCAUGCCUGAAUUAUUUAGCUUUUUAUUUUUAUGUUUUUUGCUCUUUUGUUCUUGUCUUCUUUUUUGAUGUGCAACCAUUCAGAUCAUUAAAGUGUCAGUUUUUUAUUUUUAAAAUCGAGUAAAACCAGAGUGAAAUGGGUUUAAGAUUUGAAGAAGUUUUAAGAUUGUAAGGUUUGAUUCCUAUUCUAUAUAUUAGGGCUCAAAAAAUAAUAAUUAUUGUUAAUCUUAGGAAAAGUGCUCCCAACCUUUAGGAUUGAUAAAAGUAAUUUUAUGUUUAUGUAUAAUUUUAAAGAUUAAACUUUAAAAAAAUAAGUCCUUAAUUUUGUUUUUAAGUUAGUAAAGUGCUUUAAAAAGCAUUUUUAUAGUUUUUUUUUAAUUAGCAUCCCAGUUGCGUACUAAUUUCUAAUUACUAACUGUUAAAAAAAGUUGGGUAAAAUAAAAAAUUCACAAUUCAAAACUCAGAACCAAUCACUUUUUAAACGUGGUUAUGAUUAACACUACUAUCCCACAAUGCAAUGUGAAAUAAAAGAAGUAGGAGGAGGAGUUAGCCUAUUAAUUGAUUAGGCCUUUAGUCAUAGAUUAAUCUUAACCACACAAAAAAUUAUAAUUCUUAGUCUAUUAGAAUUACGAUAAAUCAAAAAUUUAACUAUUUAAACGUCCAAAUGAAUCAGAUUUUUGUCAUUUUUUUAUUUGUGUGUCUUAGUUUGACUUUAGACACAUGUUUAAGCCUGGAAAGCAUAAAUCAAGGGAAUUCAGCAAGAAUUUGCGGAAGUCACCUCUAACAAUUAAUCAAAUUUUCAUCGAUUUAGACCAAAAAUUCCUAAAUUAAAUCAAAAGUAGAAAUAGAAUGCUUCUUAUUCUGCAUUCGUAUCGAUAUUGAACGUUGGGUAUAAAUGAGCCUUUAGUCGUAGAUUAAUCUUAAACACACAAAAAAUUCUAUUAGAAUUACGAUAAAUCAAAAAUUUAACUAUUUAAAUGUCCAAACGAAUCAGAUUUGGUGUAUUUUUUUUAUUUGUGUGUCUUAGUUUGACUUUAGACACAAGUUUAAGCCUGGGAAGCAUACAUCAAGGGAAUUUGCGGAAGUCACUCCUAACAGUGAAUCAGUUUUUCAUCGAUUUUGACCAAAAAUUAAAAAAUUAAGUCAAAAUCAAAGCCCCCAAUCUCUUAACCAGCUUAACCAGCUUAACCCUACACUGCCAACAGGUUACCUGCUUAGCACUUAACCUAAUCAAUCGCCUAUAAUCGUCCUCCUCCUCACUGUCAAUCAGCUACUGAUAUCAAUAGCAAAUUAUUAUUGAUUAUUUGCAUCAGUAGUGUCUAUUCCAGCUCCUGAAUUACUGCCAAUUAAUAGCCUAAUUAAUAAGCUAAUUAAUAAAACUCAAACGCAGCCUAUAGAUAUAUAUCGCCAAGUGGAUAUUAUCGCCAAUACAAAUCAAUCAGAGACCAGAACUGUUAUUGAUUAUUGAUUGUUAUUUUUAGCAACACAAGAAAAUUAUUUAUAUUUAAUGUGUUGUAAGAAGCCAUUAAAUUCAGCAUAGCACUGCCCUGAAACUUCAAAAAUUGCGUAAAUAACGCAAAAUUUAAUGACUUCAGCAGAUUUAACGACAGCAGAUACCCGUCCGAUACCUUUUAUAUUGAUGGAGAGAUUAGAUUUGAUUGAAAAAAAAAGUUACAGAAGGUCUUCUUUAGUAUUUUUAGUACUUUAAUCUUUAGGUAGGGUUGGGGAACUAAAGCCUAAUAGGUGGUUUUGGGGUACGUUUUUCUUUUAUGGGGGUUUUUAUCCUCUGUGAUUUUAUUCCCGUCCAGAACGAUCAUGUAGGUGUUUUUCUCAGACGUCCUCUGAGAAAAUUACAGGCUGAAUUAUCUACUGUUUUUCUCUGAACUCCGUGCUCCUCCGGUAAUUUUAGUCCCGUCCGGACGCACAUCUCUGAGUUUCGUCUUCAAGUGGAAAUGGAGGAGCUACUGAACUCCGCAAUGUCACGUGACCUAGAAAAAAAGGCUAAAAACUAAAAACUCACUGGUCCUCCUGUUUUUUUUUUCCCCCGCAUGCAGGAGUUUUAUCACUAAAGAGUAGAAGUGUGAAAUAUUUUUCACAGACGUCCCCCUGAGACACAAAGACUAAGAAUAUGUGAUCAGACUUCCAGCCUAAAUCUGAUCAGAUUGAUUUUUGCAAGUCUGAACAGACACAAACCACAUUAAAUAUGUUAUUUCAGAAUUUCAACGCAACAAAAACACCCUCAAUUAUACGAUUUUUGGAUUAUCUAAGUUGUAUCUAGAUUGUUCUGAUUUUUGAGAUCCACAUCAGAUUUUUGCAUCAAUCGCAAAACGAAAACAUCCUUUAUUAUACAGUUUAUAGAUUAUCUACAUUUUAUCUAGACUAUUCUGAUUUUGAUAAGACCGUCAGAAUCCACAUAAAAUCUGAAAAUCUUUGGAGGGUGUUUACAAUUAGACUUUUUUAUAGUCUAAAAUCUAAAUCAAGACCACUUUUGGAAGUGAUUUGAAAGUCGUCGCAUUGUGGACGCUCAAAUCGUAUUGUACUGUGUCGACAUUGUUACCAUAGCAACCCAUUCAGAUACUUUUGUUUGUGAUGUUCAGACAGGCAAAUCCGAUCUGAACACUUUUUUCGCAAAUCACAAUAAUAGUGGGGACAGUUGAAACAUCUUGAUAGAUCUGAUCUGAGAAACAGAUCUGAUUCGCCAGGUUGGGAAUCGGACACGCCCACGACACCUGACAGUCCAAUAGUACUUUUAAUUGCGUGACCUUAAUAAGCAGGAAGUCACCUGAAGCUGUACAGGAACCCAGUUCCCCAUCCCAGCCUAAAGAGUUUUGUCCUUUGUCCUCGUUCGUGUCUGAUGUUGGAGCAGAAGAAUGCUAAUGCUAAUGCUAAUCGUUGACGUAAGUGGGCGAGGUAAAACGUAUGGUUUCAGCCAAUCACUGUACACGAACAUCGCUUUCAUCAGUGAUAUAUUGCUUUUAUACUGGAUGAGGAGAUCGAGGCCUCUCUGAUUUUCCAUUUCUAAAGCGAGUCUAAACCAAAAAAGGGAAAAGGAGGUUCAUUAAAUAUAUAUAAAUAUAAAUAUAUAUUAAAAAUAUAAAUUUAAAAGGGACAAAGAACCUGUUGAGUUGAGUUGAGUUGGGGGCGGAGCUGCGAGAAUGUAAAUGCUCGUCCUCUUUUCUUUUUUUAUUUGACUCCUUUUCUCUUGAAUAAAACCCUUUUUUAAUCCUGAUUUUAUUUUUUCUGUUGUGCUAGGUUACAGUCUCAGUGUUCUCACAGGUUAGACAUCAGUGUGCUAGUCGUUGUGUAACCUUUUCUAGCAUUAGUAUUUAAAAGAAAGGGGGAUAUUAAUAUUAUUAACAAAAAAAAAGCUUAAAAACAUUAUAACAGAAUACAAUCGAAAAUUCCUUGUGUGGCUAAUAAUUAUUCUGUGUAAAACAAUGAACAACUGAAAAAAAAAGUAUUAAUAAAAAGGGAUUCAAAUCA